AUUAAUUUUGAGUUUUGCAGCCUACAUAAAAAUUUUUCAAAAUAUUGUAUGCAUUUUGGCACGCUCAAAAUUUAACCUGUAGUUUUAAACCUGUAAACCAAUCGACCAUAGUAAACCAAUUGAAAAUUUUACCAAUUUUAAACUUGUAACUAAGUUGUGUUUUAUGCCACAAGUGUUGAGCGAAAAUGUCUAUAAAUAUUAGUAAAACUAUUAUGAUUAUCAAAUAACAAUAGUUCAAAUAACAGUUAAUAAGACUUUAAUAGUCUUACCAUCAAAUGAAACAGUUUCUUGAGUUUCGAUGGUGUAUUUAUGGUAUCAGAUGCUAAUUAUUCUACAGCUUCUGAAAUUAUCAAUUCUUGUUAGUUAUCAUCGACCCUACAGACUAGGACGAUCUCACAAGUAUAACUCAUUGAAAAAUAGACAGUCUCUGCUGUCAAGAUCAGUGGAGAAGGAACCCGAAGGCACUGAUUCGAUUGAGGGCUUUUUAUCGAAAGAAUUAAAUGGAAUUCGUAAGCCACGCAAGUCGAAAUCUAGUUCGUCUAAAAAAAUUCGAACGAAAACACGUUGCUUAAAAUGUAAAACAAAUAUAGAAGAAUUUUACCUUCGCCCAGCUUUCUCUUGUGAUGAAUGGAAUUUAGACAGUGGAACAUGUUUUUUGGAUCGAAAUGUUGGAGCAACAAUUACACUUGCUUUGAAAUUUGGAACUGAUAAAAACCAUUUGCCUAGUGUUGUUUGGAAACAAGAAUUCCAUUUAUUAUCCGGAGAAAAAACCAAGGAGUUUAUGAUUAAUCCAGACACUUCACCCUGGAAUAUAGUCAUCGGAAACAAAGGUUAUGAAUUUCGAAUAAGCCCUAUAACAGAACAAGACGUCGAUUUUAAUUACUUCUCAGUCAAUCUAGCUCAGUCUGAAAAAGUAUUCCACCCCAAAGUGAAAAAGUUAAAUUUUCGAAUACGAAUAGUACCUAUUAACUUAGGAUUUCUAUACCUGGGAGAGACAAUCACUUUGAAUAUCGACAGCUUCAUCAGUUUGCCAGCAGAAUCAAUCAAGUAUAGAUGGUAUGUAGAAAAAAAUGGUGAAAGAGGGACUUUACCAAGCAAUAUGAAGAAAAGUCUCUCCGGUCGAGUUCUAACAAUCUCUGAACUCCGCAAGAAUCAAGAAGGGAUUGUUGCUUGUUCCAUUUAUUCCAAUCUGAAUGUAUCCGUUGCAAAAAGAAGGUUUCUUAUCAAGCAUAUUAGCAAAGGUUAUGAAUCAGCAUUACUUUCAAAUGUUUCUAAUAGGAAAAGUCGUCAUUUGGAAAUUGAAGAGGGCAUGAAAAAUAUAUUUAGUGAUAUGGAUAAAAGAAAAUCGGAUUCAAAUUAUUCAAAGGAAGGGUUUGAAAUGCCUAAAAUAACGAUUGAUAGUUCAGGUCACCUUACUCAUACACCCACCAGCAUUUACCAGAACAAGUACCUUAUGAACCAGCUUAGUAAAUUUCAAAUUAAUCCUGAGCUCGCAGAUUACAAUAAAAUGAACCAUCCUCCGCUAAACAUUUUUAAACCUCAGCAUAGUUUCAAACCUUAUGGAGAAGAAAUUUUAGAUGAUGAUGAAAGUUCAACUACUAAAGUGUCAGAAAAUGAUCAAAGCAAAGUGCUUAGUAAACUUCAAAAUCCUGAGAGUUUCAAUUAUUUUUCAAUGAAACAAUCUUUUAAAGAUGCGGAUGAAAUUUCCACCGCACAUCCAAACGAGCAAAAAACAAUCGAGCAAAAACCAAACGAGCAAAAACCAAACGAGCAAACACCAAACGAGCAAAAACCAAACGAGCAAAAACCAAAUGAGCAGACACCAAGCGAGCAAACACCAAACGAGCAAAAACCAAACGGCAAAAAACAAAAAUCAGAAGGAGCAGAUCUUGAAGAUUCAAGUGCCAACAAAGCUUCUCGUCUGAGCGAAGGCAAAGAGAGAAAGAGUAUUGAAGAUUCAAUAUCAAAAUUAAUUUCCGAAUGCAACAAAAAUACCCAGUGUUCCAUUCAUGCAACGUGUAUAAAUCAGUAUAGCUCAAUUCCAGGAUUCUGUAGAUGCGAUGCUGGAUUUCAAGGGAAUGGCGUAUCGUGUUGGGAAGGCCCGACGUUUACUGAUUCUGAUUAAAUAGAGUAUUUCUUUAAUGAAAAAAAAAUUU